AUGGCAGAUCACAGUAGAAAAAAAAUCAAACUAGGCGCUUUAGUCGAAUGCCUAAAAGGUGGAGAAGACAAGCUCGCGCUCAGCGAUGCUAUCGAUGCUUUGCAACUGUUUAUUCAGAUUAAUUUCACUGGUCCGGCUGUUGACCUCAGUGAAUUUGAAGAUCUGCAUACAGAGGAGCUUAGCGUUGAUGGCGAGCCUGUAUCUCAGCUGGCGAAUAUGCCGCAGCUCUUGGUUGCAUCAAUCAACGCCUUCGAAGAACUUAACCAUCCUAUUUGGCUGGCGCGUGCACUCGUAGUUCAGCAAAGCCUGCUCUCUAAUUGCUCUGGAUCUUUGCAUCAGCGAGUUGUCGAACUUUAUUCGGAGAGUAACAUAGAGGAGUUUGCCUCUUCUGAAGAAGAACACACAAUUUUGUUAGCAGAACUAACGAGAGCCUAUUUAUUGUUUGACGAUCAUACGAAGGCUAAGGAAACACUAGACCAAGCCAUGUCCUCGUCGGGUCUCAUUACUGCAAUCACUGGUAUUAAGGGCAAACGCACAAGGUUUCAGCAGCAUGAAACGGCACAACUGGUAUGCUUAGCAGUGAGCAAGUUCGAGGCGUCUGGAGUUCAUCAUGCCCCAAAAGCGCUUGAGCUCAACUCAGAUAUUUUUUUGGAGAAGCCCGAUCUUGGGUCGCAGAGCGAACUUGAUUCCUCUCUGCCUAAAGAGCUGUUGAAUGUUGAUCCCAACAAUCAGCCUCCGCUUAGGAACAUUGAUUCUGUAUUGCUGCUAUUGUGGAGCGAGUACCUGCGCCGAAGUAGUCCUGCAGAUGACUCCCUUCUUCGUGAGCAGCAGCGCUGUUUAGUCAAUAGGGUGAUUGGCAACUCAGAGGGCUCAGUAAAUUGGUCAGUGUACAGCAGAGCUCUUUGGAUUCGCAGCAUUCUGGAGUCUCAUUCAUCUCACACGGUUGAAAGAGGAACUCUACAGAUGCAAGCAUUGGUGGAAGAAUUAGGCUAUGGCCAACAAAACUAUCUCGGUGGUAUAGAUACAUCUGACAAUGGUGGAGAGAGACUAGAGUUCAUCCAUCAGUUGACCCCUUUGCCGCAUUGGGCCAUGGAUACUGUUCUUGCAGAGCGAUACAUGUCACUUGGUGUCGUCAAAUCUGCAGUGGAGAUAUACGAGAGAUUAGGACUGUGGGGCGAUGCUGCUCUAUGCUAUGCGUUAGUUGGACGAGAAAUGAAAGGACUUGAGGUCCUUGAUGCCCACUUGUCUAAACACCCUGAGGAUGCAAGAGCGUGGUGCAUUAAAGGCGAUAUCACAGUUGACCCCCAAUACUGGGAGAAGGCAUGGGAUGUUGGCCGUUAUGCACCAUCAAUGAGAUCUCUUGGAAGAUACUAUUUCAGCCCGCCAAAAGAUUCAGGGUAUGCUCGGAAUUUGGACAAGGCUGCUCACUGUCUUCGGGAAUCUUUGACUGUCAACAAUCUAAGCUAUGACGCUUGGUUCACUCUCGGGUGUAUAGAAAUUGAAAAGGAAGCAUGGCAUUCUGCAGCGGAAGCUUUCACACAAGCCGUUGCGAUCAAUGACGAGGAUACCAAAAGCUGGAGCAACUUGGCAAGCUCAUUACUCCAAUUGCAAAGAACACGCCAGUCUUUAUACGCUCUCAGGCAAGCAAUCAAAGCCGAUAAAAACAAGGAACCCAAUUGGAGAGUCUGGAGUAAUCUUAUUACAGUAGCGGCUGAACUCAACGACUGGGAUGCUGUUGUCGAGGGUAUCAACCAAAUGCUCAACCUACGAUCUGACAAACAAGAUAAGUUCAUCGACCCGGCGGUUCUCUACGAAGUUAUUUUUGUAUUUGUUUCGUCAGAAUACUCAGGCUCUGCUUCUCAAGAAUCUUUCGUCGAGCUGAUCACCACUAAACUCCCUGAUGUGAUUACAUCGGAUCCGGGUUUAUGGAGACUCGUCGCCCGAGUUGAUAUGUGGCGCAAGAGACCUUGGGAUAGUCUUGCAGACUACGAGAAAGGGUUCCGUAUCUGCGCACAUAUGCCUGAUCUAGAAACCAACGAGGAGACUUGGAAGGAAGCUGUGAGUUUCUGCUCAGACCUAAUUGAUGCGUAUCAAAACCUAGGAGAGCUACCAGGACGAAUAGAAGGCAGUGUAGUUUGCCCUGAUUGGAGGUUCAAAGCCAGAACAGCCGUCAGAAGCCUAAUGAGCAAAGCCAAGCUGUUUUGGGAAGACACACCCGAGUACGAGAGACUCAAAGAGCUCAAACAGCAAUGCACGUAG